AUGCGUCCGCGCUUUGAAUUCUCAUUCUCAUUCCCCUUCCUCACUCUAUGUCUACUAGCCUCCUUGAGUCUUGACUCACACUCUGUUUCAGCUCUCUCCCCUCAAUUCCUUCUGUGUCAAGUCCAAAAGCCCGCUGGUCACUCACCAUUAGAAGGAUGCCCAGCUGGCACGAUAUACGUUUCUGCCGAUAGUAGUGAGAGUUUGUACGCGAAUUUCACAAAAGUUCAGGAUGCUGUCGACUCCCUAACAGACGACGGAGAACUUGCUGUGAUUUUGAUUGGGGAAGGACAAUAUUUCGAGACGGUGAACGUGACUCGAUCGUCACCUCUGACUAUCCUCGGUCAACUUCCUGCCUCAUACGCCAUAGUCCCCAUAUCUACCCCGUUCGCGAACGCUAGUCAACCGAACCUCGUCCAGAUAUUCAACACUGUAUUCGUCGAGAACGGGAUUGACGAUGCAGCUACAGCAGUACUUACCGUCGCUCCCAACGGAGCCGCAGCUCUUAUCGGUGCUGGAACCACUGGCGCUCCCACACAGGGCGCUUUCGGAAACGUGGAUUUCAAGAUGUAUAAUGUCGAUAUCCAAAACAGAGCGUCGUUGACUUUUGCCAUUUCGCAAGCGCUGGCUACGGAUAUCUCGUAUGCUAAUGCGUCGUUCUAUGGAUGUGGAUUCUCGAGUUUUCAGGAUACGUGGUAUACGGGGAAGAAUGCGAGUACGUAUGUGGUUGAUAGUGUGAUCUUUGGGCAGACAGAUUAUUUAUUUGGGUUUGGUACAGCAUGGUUUCAAAAUGUCAUCCUCGCGGCACGGGGUUGCGGGGGUGGCACGGCUGCUUGGAAGGGUACUAAUUCGAGCUUGACGGAGCGUGUGCUUAGAUACGGGGCGUAUAUAGCUGACUCUCGGGUCAUUCGGUCCCCAGAUGCCAACGCUACGCUGAAUAUCACGGAUGGGUGUUAUCUUGGACGCCCGUGGAAUGAUUGGGCGGUUACGGUGUAUUUGAAUACAUUCAUGGAGGAUAUUAUUCAACCCGUAGGUUGGGAAGCAUUUGAUUCUGCGAGACCGACGAUCAUGAAUACGACAUUCUAUGCUGAAUACAACUCUACUGGACCCGGCGGAGACACCUCGAGUCGUCUAUCCAUAGAACACCUUCUCACUGCCGAACAGGCCCAAGAAUUCACAGUAGAUGGGGUGUUUUUAGAACAUCCAUCAUGGAUUGACUACGGAUAUCUGUACUAGGUUUUAGAUGCUAUAUACUAGCAGCAUUUUAGUACCAUAGUGUUGUGACUCAUCACAACUUAACAGGGAUUUGAAAAAGAAAUACUUAUUGUGCAGGAGAAACAAAGGCAUAAUCUCAAAAAAAACUAGGAGAGGAACAUUGUUUUUAUAGACUACUUUGAAUGUUUGAGAAUACCCAAUAAGAUGAU